AUUAAAAAAGUUAAUCAAAGAUGGCGUCACGUUGAUAGUUGAUUUUGAUUCGAUUCAUUCACUUUCCUGUUGGCGUUGUUGAUUAUUUUAAGCUGUUUUUGUAGAUGUAUUAACCUUAGGAACUAAUAACUGUGUCAUGUGUUAAUUAGUUUGCUAUCGCUAUCAACUAUUAUCUUCUUGACUAGGCCAUUCAACUUAUUGAUUUGCAAUGGCAGUAUCAAAAUCAACAAACACGUAUAAUCGUCAAAAUUGGGAAGAUUCGGAUUUCCCCAUUCUGUGUCAAACAUGUCUUGGUGAUAACCCCUACAUACGUAUGACCAAAGAAAAAUAUGGCAAGGAGUGCAAAAUAUGUGCAAGACCCUUCACCGUGUUCCGUUGGUGUCCUGGCGCUCGUAUGCGUUUCAAGAAAACAGAAAUAUGCCAGACAUGUUCCAAACUCAAGAAUGUAUGUCAAACGUGCCUUUUGGACCUUGAAUAUGGUUUACCAAUUCAAGUGAGAGAUGCUGCGCUUAAAAUACAAGAUGAUCUACCUCGAAAUGAAGUGAAUAAAGAAUAUUAUAUUCAGAAUUUAGAUAGUCAGAUGUCUAAGUUUGAUGCUACACAGCCUAGUAAUUCCGCUUUAAAGUCAAAAGGUGCUUCCGAUUUAUUGUUACGUUUGGCUAGAACAGCUCCCUACUAUAAGAGGAACAGACCCCAUGUGUGCUCCUUCUGGGUGAAAGGAGAGUGUAGGCGAGGUGAGGAGUGUCCUUAUCGCCACGAGAAGCCUACAGACCCUGAUGAUCCUCUGGCUGAUCAAAACAUCAAGGACAGAUAUUAUGGUGUCAAUGACCCUGUGGCAGAGAAGUUGAUGCGAAGAGCAGCGGCCAUGCCAGCCUUGCCUCCACCAGAGGACAAGACAGUCACUACACUGUACAUCGGCAAUCUACCCGAUAACAUUAGUGAGGAUGAACUAAGGGGGCAUUUCUAUCAGUAUGGUGAAAUAAGAUCUCUAACUCUAGUGCCCAGAGCACAGUGUGCAUUUGUGCAAUACACAACAAGGAGUGCAGCUGAGCAUGCUGCAGAAAAGACUUUCAACAGAUUGGUCAUUGGAGGCAAGAGACUCACUAUCAAGUGGGGUAAAUCUCAAGGUCGCCAAGGAGCAAAUGAGAAGAAUGAAGCAACACCAGUGUUGGAACCGGUUCCUGGUCUUCCGGGCACAUUGCCCCCACCACCUGCGUACUUGCAUCCAUUCCCACCUCAGAUGCCGCCACCACCGAAUCGUCCUAACGACUUCUUCAACUUGCAUCAUUACGGAGGCGGCGGUUGGCCCGCGUGGGGCGCCCCGGGCGUCCCCGGCGUGCCCGGAGUCCCCGGGGUGCCGCCGCCGCCCGCGCCGCUGGCGCUGCACUACCCGAGCCAGGACCCCGCCCGCCUCGGCGCUCACGCUCACGCUAACCAACCACAAACCUAGUACCUACCCGAUUCCAAACCGGAAUCAUAGACCUCUUAUACAGUUCUCUAGCAGAAACAACAGUGGCUUAUAUUCAAAGCAAUAAAGGUGGACCGUGAUAAACUAAAAGUUCGCCUCAUUCAGCAACAGAUUUACACAUUUAGAGUAUUAGUAAUAUGACGUAGAAUCAAACAAUUAUACACAUACGCAAUACGCAAAUAGUGAGAUUUUCAAUACAAGUUACAUAAAUAUUGGUCCUAUAGUUCCAUGUUGUGAGAGUCUAGAUUUAUUUUUAGGCAUCUUAGAUAAUUUUAUUAAGGGGUAAUCAGUUAUAGCUAGAUUAGAAUAGGAUAAAAUUGUGAGCAUUUUCUUAUUAAAUUGAGUUAUGUAUGUA